CCUUAUAAACACAAGCAAAACAUUCCAACCUCAAUUUGUGCCUAACAGAGAAAGAUGGAGGGGGAAGGGAUAGAACACAGGAUGGUGGAAGUGAACGGAAUAAAGAUGCACGUGGCGGAGAAGGGAGAGGGACCGGUGGUGCUCCUAAUUCACGGCUUCCCUGAGCUCUGGUAUUCAUGGCGCCACCAGAUACUCUCCCUCGCCGCUCACGGUUACCGCGCCGUCGCACCUGACCUACGCGGCUAUGGUGACACCGAAGUGCCGACCGACGUCGCCGCAUACUCUAUCUUCCACCUCGUCGGCGACCUUGUCGCCCUAAUCGACUCUCUCGGCCAUGAACAGGUCUUCGUGGUUGGGCACGAUUGGGGAGCUAUUGUGGCGUGGAAUCUAUGCGCUUUCAGGCCGGAUAAAGUUAAAGCUCUCGUCAACUUGAGCGUCGCCUUUUUUCCUAGAAAGCAGGCUUUCUGGCGCAUUGACACCUUGAGGGCAAUGUACGGCGACGAUUUGUAUAUUUGUCGAUUUCAGGAACCUGGAGAAGUGGAAGCUCAAUUAGCCGAACUUGAUACAGCCCUGUUCUUGAAGGGUUUGUUAACCUCUCGCUAUGCAGGCCCUUUUCUCAUACCAAAAGAUGACAGAUUUAAAGAAAGAUUUAGUCAAGAAAUCACGUUACCUGCUUGGCUUUCUGAAGCUGAUAUCGACUACUUCGCGACCAAACUCAACAAGACCGGCUUCACCGGUGGAAUUAAUUACUAUCGUAACAUAGACAAGAACUGGGAGCUCACUGCUCCAUGGGAUGAUAUUCAGAUAAAAGUUCCGACAAAGUUCAUCGUCGGCGAUCUCGAUUUAGCCUACCGUUGUGAAGGAAUGGAGGAUUACAUUCACAAGGGUGGGUUCAAAAGAGAUGUGCCGUUGUUGGAGGAUGUUGUUGUGAUGGAAGGGGUUGGACACUUCAUUAAUCAGGAGAAGGCUGAAGAAAUCUCGAACUAUAUUCUU